UUCUGAGUUCCAACACAAUGGAUUUUUGUGGUUGUCUACCUGUUUUUGCUCCAUGCCCAUGUCAUCUUUCUCCUGUUGCUUUCUGUUUUCUGCACUUCUGCAUUCUCCUCUCUUUUGGUAGAAUUUUCUCUUUUCUUCCCUCUUUAUGAUGUUUUAUUUUUUUCUACUCAGCCUGCCGCCUUCUCUUGUUCCUGCCACCCUUUCUGCUCUGGAUUCAGCUAGAAGAUUUUAUGAGUGACUGAAGAGUUUCUAGACUGCUAAUCCAGGGAUAAACGCUAUCUGUCUUUUUCCAGGGUUAGAUUCCCAGCCCAGCCUACUUCUUAACUGCAUGUGUAAUCUUCAUCCCCCUCCUACCGAUGUUUCUGUGCCGCUUCAUUAAUCUGUAACGAUGACCCACCCUCUUUCCAGACAAGGAGGCAUCUUUUCUCGUUUAGAUUCCUCAGCUCUUUAGACUUCUCAGUCAUUUUGCUAUUCAAAAAAUGACAGAUGAAAUCCGAGGCACAACAAAGUUAUCAUGAAAACCUUUUCCUUGAGAGCCCCAUGUCUGAUUGUUCAUAUUAGCUGUUAUUUGGUGGAAAGAACACUAGAUUUUUAAGAAAAGUUCUGGUUUUGCCACAUGGUAGCUGUGCAACCUUGGGCAAAUCAUUUACCUUCCUCGGGUUCUUAGCGUCCUCACUGGUAGAAUGGGAGUGCUUCACAGGGGCGUUAUGGAGAUGAAACAAUCAGCAGGAGAGCACUUUGUAGAUUGCACUCGGAUGGCAGGGUGAAUGAGCAGGGAUGGUGUCCUGAUUUGUUUUUAAAUUCUUCAAAGGUAAACGAUUGUUAAGCGUGGAGAUUUGAUUUGGUUUGUUUCUGCCAGGUCUCCUGGAAAGCUACAAACUAGAAGAAGUGCAGGAAUCCUUGUGGUAACAAGGGUAUCAGUUUUUGUCCACAGAGGGUCCUAAGGAAUUCCGACUCCCGUUUUGAAAUUGUAUCCAAUCCAGUCCCAAGUGAAUGUGGCCCUGGGGUGGUGCUUUGAGAAGUGGAAUCACUGCAGGACAGUUUCAACAUUCACUUCCCAGGCAAGCCUAAAGCCUGUUUUAAAAGGGCGUGUGGGGGCCAAACCCAUAACAGUCUGGGACAUUUCAGACUGGCACCACCUCCUCUAGCUGUUUCCGAGGCCAUCUAGAGGCCAGAGCCCAGUCAGAUUAACUGAAAGUAAAGAGAGGACUGCGGGAGUUUGGGACCUUUGUGCAGACGUGCUCGUGCUCAUUCGUGUAGAGGGCGGGAGAGAGGAAAGGAAGGAGGGCAUUGGGAGCUGAGGCCCCACCUUUCAUUUCAGAAAAGUGCACAGGCAGAGCGGGCUGAGUCACAGGCACAGGUGAGGAACUCAACUCAAACUCCUCUCUCUGGGAAAACGCGGUGCUUGCUCCUCCCGGAGUGGCCUUGGCAGGGUGUUGGAGCCCUCGGUCUGCCCGGUCUGGUCUCUGGGGCCAAGGCUGGGUUUCCCUCAUGUAUGGCAAGAGCUCUACUCGUGCGGUGCUUCUUCUCCUUGGCAUACAGCUCACAGCUCUUUGGCCUAUAGCAGCUGUGGAAAUUUAUACCUCCCGGGUGCUGGAGGCUGUUAAUGGGACAGAUGCUCGGUUAAAAUGCACUUUCUCCAGCUUUGCCCCUGUGGGUGAUGCUCUAACAGUGACCUGGAAUUUUCGUCCUCUAGAUGGGGGACCUGAGCAGUUUGUAUUCUACUACCACAUAGAUCCCUUCCAACCCAUGAGUGGGCGGUUUAAGGACCGGGUGUCUUGGGAUGGGAAUCCGGAGCGGUACGAUGCCUCCAUCCUUCUCUGGAAACUGCAGUUCGACGACAAUGGGACAUACACCUGCCAGGUGAAGAACCCACCUGAUGUUGAUGGGGUGAUAGGGGAGAUCCGGCUCAGCGUCGUGCACACUGUACGCUUCUCUGAGAUCCACUUCCUGGCUCUGGCCAUUGGCUCUGCCUGUGCACUGAUGAUCAUAAUAGUAAUUGUAGUGGUCCUCUUCCAGCAUUACCGGAAAAAGCGAUGGGCCGAAAGAGCUCAUAAAGUGGUGGAGAUAAAAUCAAAAGAAGAGGAAAGGCUCAACCAAGAGAAAAAGGUCUCUGUUUAUUUAGAAGACACAGACUAACAAUUUUAGAUGGAAGCUGAGAUGAUUUCCAAGAACAAGAACCCUAGUAUUUCUUGAAGUUAAUGGAAACUUUUCUUUGGCUUUUCCAGUUGUGACCCGUUUUCCAACCAGUUCUGCAGCAUAUUAGAUUCUAGACAAGCAACACCCCUCUGGAGCCAGCACAGUGCUCCUCCAUAUCACCAGUCAUACACAGCCUCAUUAAGGUCUUAUUUAAUUUCAGAGUGUAAAGUUUUUCAAGUUCUCAUUAGGUUUUAUAAACAAGAAGCUACAUUUUGGCCCUUAAGACACUACUUACAGUGUUAUGACUUGUAUACACAUAUAUUGGUAUCAAAGGGGAUAAAAGCCAAUUUGUCUGUUACAUUUCCUUUCACGUAUUUCUUUUAGCAGCACUUCUGCUACUAAAGUUAAUGUGUUUACUCUCUUUCCUUCCCACAUUCUCAAUUAAAAGGUGAGCUAAGCCUCCUUGGUGUUUCUGCUUAACAGUAAAUCCUAAAUUCAAACUGUUAAAUGACAUUUUUAUUUUUAUGUCUCUCCUUAACUAUGAGACACAUCUUGUUUUAUUGAAUUUCUUUCAAUAUUCCAGGUGAUAGAUUUUUGUUGUUUUGUUAAUUAAUCCAAGAUUUACAAUAGCACAACGCUAAAUCACACAGUAACUACAGAAGGUUACAUAGAUAUGAAAAGAUUGGCAGAUGCCAUUGCAGGAUGAAUCACUUGUCACUUUUCUUCUGUGCUGGGAAAAAUAAUCAACAAUGUGGGUCUUUCAUGAGCAGUGACGGAUAGUUUAGCUUACUAUGUUUCCCCCUCAAUUCAAUGAUCUAUAACAAGAGAGCAAAAUCUAUGCUCAUUUGCAGAUUGGAAUCAUUAAGUAAUUUAAUAAAAAGAUUGUGAAACAGCAUAUUACAAGUUUGAAAAUUCAGGGCUGGUGAAAAAAAAUCAACUCUAAAUGAUGAUAAUUUUGUACAGUUUUAUAUAAAACUGAGAACUAGAAGAAAUUAUUAACUUUUUUUCUUUUUUAAUUCUAAUUCACUUGUUUAUUUUGGGGGAGGAAGACUUUGGUAUGGAGCAAAGAAAUACCAAAACUACUUUAAAUGGAAUAAAACCAACUUUAUUCUUUUUUUCCCCCAUACUGGUAGAUAAAGCAAACUUUAUAAGUGGGCUACUGAAAGAAAAGUUACAAGCUUAAGAUACAGAAGCAUUUGUUCAAAGGAUAGAAUACAUCUAAAAGUUUAGGCUCAAGAUCAAUCUUUACAGAUUGAUAUUUUCAGUUUUUAAUCGACUGGACUGCAGAUGUUAUUUCUUUUAACAAACUGGAAUUUUCAAACAGAUUAUCUGCAUUUAAAUGUAUAGACCUUGAUAUUUUUCCAAUACUAUUUUUUAAAAAAUUGUAUGAUUUACAUAUGAACCUCAAUUCUGAAAUUCAUUACAUAUCUGUCUCAUUCUGCCUUUUAUACUGUCUAAAAAAGCAAAGUUUUAAAGUGCAAUUUUAAAACUGUAAAUUACAUCUGAAGGCUAUAUAUAUCCUUUAAUCACAUUUUAUAUUUUUUCUUCACAAUUCUAACCUUUGAAAAUAUUAUAACUGGAUAUUUCUUCAAACAGAUGUCCUGGAUGAUGGUCCGUAAGAAUAAUGAAGAAGUAGUUAAAAAUGUAUGGACAGUUUUUCUGGCAAAAUUUGUAGCUUAUGUCUUGGCUAAAUAGUCAAGGGGUAAUAUGGACCUGUUGUUUAGUGUCUCCUUCCUAAAGAGCACUUUUGUAUUGUAAUUUAUUUUUUAUUAUGCUUUAAACACUAUGUAAAUAAACCUUUAGUAAUAAAGAAUUAUCAAUUAUAUAA